AUGGAUUCGUACGAGGGUUAUGGCUCUCCAGGGAGAGCAUCGGGAGACUCUUACAGACGCCGGUCGCCUGUCUCUCAGGAUCGGCGCCGUGGACGCGGACGCUCGCGUUCGCCCAUGAUAGACCGGUAUGAACCAUCGGAUCGUCGCCCUCGUGAGGAUUUCUACAACGCGCCGCGCGAGCAUGCCGCUCGAGACCGCGAGGAUCGCCGACGUGCUCGGUCCCCGAACGUCGCAAACAUCGACCGCUAUGUCCCUGGACAGGACUCCGGAAAGCGUCCGCUCCCGACCAACCCCCUUCCAAACCCGAUUGCCUUGGAUUUCCAGGUGGGGUUCAAUUGGUUCGCCGAGUGGUGGCGCGCGGAACAAGCCAUCAAGGACGAGAAAGAACGGGCCAAGAACGGCGGACGCCGACCAUCUGAUCGGGUUCGGGGAGAGCGCGAGGCUCGCGAGGAGCGUGACAAGGAGCGCGCACAGAUCCAGGCUGCUUAUGAUGCAUACAAGGCCGAUCUACAGAUUAAGUUGUCACGAGGCUUUGUGCAGCAGCAUCGGGGCGAAGAGUGGUUCAAGGAGCGCUAUGUUCCCGAAGUGAGGGAUCCCCUCCGCAAUCGUCUUAUGGCCUUCCGGCAGGGCGCCUACGAUCAGUGGGUGCGUGAUGUCGAGGCGGGCUUGUUUGAUGAAUUCACUCUUGAAGGCAUCUACAAGAGUGAUAGCGACGGCGCUGGUGGCGUGGUUGAGAAGGAGGAAGGCGAGACCACAGCUGUUGGGGAGACCCUCGGCGUUCUUGAUUUGCUUCCUGUUCGUGGGGGAGAACUCCGUGACGAAGCUCUGUCCCAACCCGCCCUGCUCAUCAAGACUCUGGCACCGAACGUCAGCCGAGACAAGAUCGAAGACUUCUGCAAGGAGCAUCUCGGCGAAAGCGAUGGCGGAUUCAAGUGGCUCAGUCUGAGCGAUCCUAACCCUUCCAAGAAGUACCACCGCAUGGGCUGGAUCAUGUUGCAUCCCGCUCGCGACACAACCGUGGUAGACAGGGGUGACGGGCGCGAAGAAGAAGGCGAAGAGAUGGACCACGAAACUGGCCUCAACGGGAACACUGUGUCCACGGCUGAGAGAGCCCUCGAGGCGGUCAACGACAAGACAAUUCACGACUCUGUCCAUGGUGAUUUUGUCUGUCAUGUUGGGGUGCAUGUCCCGGCUUCGCAGCCGCGGAAGAAGGCAUUGUGGGAUUUGUUUUCUGCACCGGAACGCAUCGAACGUGACCUCGAACUGGCCCGUCGACUGGUCUCCCAGCUCGAUCUUGAAAUGGGAGCUGGUGUGGAUGGAUCGGCAAAGAUCGAGGAGCGAGUCGAGGAUCUGCGCGGCAAAGGCUGGUUACAGCCCCCUGUGACGGGGCCCGUGAGUGUCAAAAAGCAGAAGAACGGAUACGACGAAGAGGACCCCGAUGAAGGGGAGAUGGAGGAAGGUGAGGAGAAAGAGCAUUCUGAAGAGGAAGAUGUGGAUGACGAAGAACUGUUAGCGAAGAAGAAAAAGCUGGACUUGAUGGUGGAGUACCUGCGACGGGUUUACAACUUCUGCUUCUUCUGUGUGUUUGAGAGCGACUCGGUUCAUGAACUUGGCCGCAAAUGUCCCGGCGGGCACCUUCGUCGUCCUCGCAACGCCCUCAGCAACCAGGCCAAAGACGUUGCCCGGGCCAGUGCUCUCGGACAGCCGUUCCCGGUCAAGAAGAAGGAACCCAGCGAGGAUGGAGAGGAACGUGCCUCGCCUACGCAGGAGAAGCGGCCGCAACGGCUUAGUUCCAAGUCGGAGCAGCAGCUGCAACGUGCAUUCAACUGGGUCAAGACCUUUGAAGACAAGCUGCUACAGAUCUUGGAACCCGAGAAUGUCGACCUGCGCAAGCUUGGUGGCAAGCCAGUGGACCAGGCGCUCGAGGAUGAUUUGUCCAAGUAUGUGAAGCAGGAAGAUGAUUCCCGGUACCGUUGUAAGGUGCCGGAAUGUACGAAACUUUUCAAAGCAGAGAAUUUCUGGUUCAAGCACGUGGAGAAGCGCCACACGGAAUGGCUUGACAAUAUCAAGGGCGACCUGUCUCUUGUGAACGCCUACGUCCUGGACCCAGCGCGCAUCUCCCCGUCACGGUCUGAUGCGAACAGCAACGGACACUUCCCGCUUGGUUCCGGUCAAGCCCAGAGCGGAACUCCGCGCGGUUUCAGUCUUGCCAACAUGCCUUAUCUCGGCAACCCCGGUGGGAUGCCCGCUGGCUUUCCACCGGCGGGGAUGCCUCCUUUCAUGGCAGCAGGCUCUCAUGUGGGUGCCUGGGGCGGAAACAUGGCGGUUCUUGGUGAUGGGUCUGGCCUGCAUCAGCCCGGCGCGAUGCGACGCGGCCCAAACCGGCAAAACAACCGCCCUGGCCCGUAUGACCGCCGCCGCUUCAACAAUAAUGGUCGCCUGAGUCCUGUCCGCGGCAUGCCUCCCAUGUAUGGGGCGGGCGCUCGGCCUCCGUCCGCCGGGGUCGCGGUGCCUCCUGGCCACCCGGCAGCCAACAUGGCCGUGCCUGCUCUUUUCCCGGAUGCGAUGGGCUCUGGCGGUGGGCCGCAAGCCAUGCCACCCCGCGAAGCCGUCCAGGGCCGUAGCCUGAAGAGCUACGAAGACCUGGACGCCGUCGAUGGCUCCGGCAGCGGCGAGCUGAAUUAUUAG